AAGCAUCCAUUGUGUGCCUAGUGGAUCCAUUGUUUGACACAAUGCCAGUUUUAGAUAAAUCACAACUGUUCUCCAACUUCGUCUUUUUUUGAUAACAAGUUAAAUGAACCGUAAUUUGUACCUAAUACGAAGAAUCAGUAAUCAGUCACAUUUCGUUGAAGUCAGUUGAACUUGCAAUAUCGGUGUUUAAAUAAAAAACCCAGUCAAUGUCAAAGUCACGGGCAUGCAGUCAAGUCAGUUAUAUCUUGCAGCCUAAUUUUUUUAUAUCUGCACGGAGCUCAACAGUGUGUGAUUACAAUAUAAACUCGCAAUUAUCUAUGUAAACUGAAAGGUUAAGACAAUAAUGACCCACGCUAAUUGCAAGAAUCGGGCGCGAUAACAUCAAAACUCGAAUACAACAAAUUCGCGAUAUGAGGGCAAAGACAUUUAUUAAUUAAACCGAACAUAAAUAUUGCCGUAAGUAGGCAAGUAUAGGAUGAUAAAAAUUUAUCGUCACAAGAUUUAUCACUGGUCAUAGGCUACUGGGGUGAUACGACAAACGUUUUGUCACCAACUUGUCUUUUUUCCUCCUAGAGCGAGAUUCAGUCGUCCUCCAACUGUGCACAAUGAAUUAUUUCAAGAUAGUGUUAUUACAGUUAUUUCUCGGACUUGCAAUUUGUGAGCGAGGAUAUCCAGAUAGAACAAACAGCCUAGACAAUCAAAAUGGAACAACAUAUGAUACUUCAGACGUGACCACAAUCAAAGAUAAAGUGCAAAUCAAAGUGUACUAUGAGAGUUUGUGUCCGUUCAGUGCUCAGUUCUUCGUGUCACAGCUAAAGCCUACAAUGGAGAGGCUAGGCCCACAUUUAGACAUACAUUUAAUACCCUACGGACACGCCAAGACUCGUCGAGUGAAGAGUGCCUAUAAGUUUACCUGUCAGCACGGGAUACCAGAGUGUUUCGGCAACACGGUGCAAGCUUGCGCUAUUGAUGUUCUCCGGAAUAUCACCCGAGCUGUUUCCUUCAACACCUGCCUCUUGCAGAACACAUCGUACCGCAGCGGAUAUGAUUACUUCAUUUCUAUUUUCCAUUGGUGCGGAUCCCAGGACAACGUGGACGUUCAAACAAUAUGGAGGUGUGUACACAGCGACCACGGCUCCGUACUUGUGAAGAGAUAUGGUGACGAGACACAUGCCCUGGCUCCAUCCUUCGUCCCAUUCGUGACGAUAGACGACUCCACAAUAUACCAAGACCAUGCCCUAACUAACUUAUACAGCACUGUCUGCAAACUGCUCAAGCCAACACCAAGAGAAUGCCCGCUUUAAUUACUUUUAGACUUUAUUUAUUUUUCUAAGUAGCUAGUGCACCUACAGAUGUAUAUACUAUUAUAUGAAUGACAAGUU